GCGGCGGCUCAGUUGCUUUGUGCAGGAACCAUGGGCAGAGCAGAGCCGAGGGAUGAUAGGAUGUUUGGGCGGUGUAGUGAUCGACUGAAUAUAGCCAGGGUGAUGCACUUUUGAGUUACUAAGAAGCUGGGCAAGAUGCAGACUUCAGUCCAGAUGAAUUGUGGUUCUAACGCAGACACCAUGCUACAAGAACCAAAUCUCGUGGAGGAGGACAAUCUAUCUGCAGUAGAUCAUGAUGACCCUUUAGUCAUUGCCCUUGAAGAGGUAGAAGAACACACAUCAACAGGGACCCUUGAAGAAACUACUGAAAACACGGUCUUUACGCCUUCAGAAAACUCGUCAGAGCCCAGUUUGGAUUCACAAUCGACCAGCACUCCUCCUCGUCCUGACUUGAAUGUUAAAAAUGUUCAGGCAAAACCUAAAAAACAGGAUAAAGCUGUGCGAGCUGAAAAGAAAUAUGUUCCAUCUAAAAAAGCUAUGACGGACCCACUAAAAAUUGACAUGUCCAAACCUCUGGCCACUCCUCUCACUUCAUCCCAGAUUUCUCUUCAGUGUAUUGAAUGCCACAUAAUAUUCAGUGACCACAAGAGCAAAGAGCGUCACCUGAAGUCCAGUCAUCCUGCUGAAUAUGAGCAGUCCAUUCUGAGGAACGCCCUCUUUGCCUGUUACGUUUGUGAUCGCCAUUUCACAAACUCUACUGAACUCAUGGCCCAUCAAAAGACUCACAUUGAGAGAAACCCUUUUAAAUGCCCUAUCUGCGCCCAGACGUUUAGUAAAUUGUCAGAGCUCUCAGUUCAUAAAAAGGUUCAUUUCGGACAGCAUGGUUAUACCUGCACACAGUGUGGGAAACCAUGUAAAACGUUGACGUUACUCAAGUACCACUGUCGCACGCACACCGGAGAAAGGCCCUAUGUGUGCAAAGAGUGUGGGAAGAGGUUCACCAUGCCCAAAGCCCUGCAGAAACACAUGGAGUCCCACUUACCAGAGGGAGCUCAGCCAAAGGAACAAGGUGCCCCUUCAGCUGUUUACACCUGUUCCAUUUGUAAAGCAACCUUCAAAACUACAAAGACAAGGCAUUACCACAUGAAGAAAAAGCACAACAUCUCAAAAUCAGCACUGACCAAAACAAGUGUACAACCGGUGAAGCAGUGUACACCCAUCAUUACUCCCAUUUCAAUUUCACAGUCGUCUCUUCUGCAAGUUGGACCUAAUGGACCUUUGCAAAAAGUUGAUGCCAACAUUGACACUGAACAGCUUUGCAAAUUAAUUGAAUCAUUCGGAAAUGUACAAAAAGUGAACCAGGUAGUCAUUUUGGGGCAAGUACCACCUGACGCCCCGCCACUGGAAGUACAGCAAAUUGCACAACCAGUUACUUUAAAUAUAGACACUCCUCAAACUGAUUUUAUGGACAUAAACUCAAAGACUAAUAACACCAUUGAGGAUCCAAUGGAGCAAACCAUUAUCUUGGAGCCUAUCACGCCUGAUGGACAGCUUCUAAACCCUCCUUUUUCUGCUUUGGAGUCUAAUUUAGGAGAGAAUCCAGCAGAGGUAAUUUUUCAGUCCAUGGAUACAGAUCCGCAUCUACAAACCGAUGAAAUAGUUUGUCAUAACAAUGUAUUAGGACAAAAUCUUGCACCGACACUUGAUCAAACUAUUGUUCUUGAACUCACUCCUGCGCUGACUCCAACUGCAGAACUGGAGCAAUCGGAAAAUGUACUUCAAAAUGAAAUCGCACCUUCCACAUUUGUUCAAAAUAAUGAACUAGCCAAUCCUCUUGAUGAGACAUCAAUAAGUGAGCAGGAGACUAGCAUGUCUGUUCAGUCGCUAUUGUCUACGGUAGAGCUAGAAAUGUUACCUUUACAAACGGACCAACACAUCGGUCCAGUGUGUACGUUUAGUCCCCAAGAGACACUUCCUGAAUACCAGAACGAAACUGUGACUCAAGACGAGACUGAUUCUAUGAUGCCCACCAACUGUAUUGAUCUAAACGUCCAAAAUGUUAGAGAAGAGGUGGUUAAAGCGUUUGAACAAACAGAAGAAGCAACUACAGAACAAAUAGAAACAGAUGAACCAAAAGCAAUGAAUGUAGCAGAGGAAUUAGAAAAACAAGCUAAUCAUGAUGAAGAGAAAAAAGAGGCAAAGGCAGUCAACACACAAAUGAAAGCAAAGCAGGUAGAGCAGCCUAAAGAGAUUCCCAUAAAUGUAAUGUCUGCUCAAGAGCUGGUAAAAGUACGAAAAAGAAAACCACCUAAAGCAUUUUUCUUUCAGGGAUACAUGCAGGAAUUUGUGUCAUCUGUAUACGACGAAUUCCCAAGUAAUACUGCAAAACGUAAAAAAGCCAAAAAGUCUCAUCUUGUUGUUAAAUUUGGUCCUCCAAGUAAAGGAAAGCAAAGCAAAAAAAGUAGCAAGUCAUCAAAGCAGCCAACUAAGGAAGAUUCCAAAGAGAAAUCGCCUAGUCAAAGUAAAAUGCAGAAAAAGGGUAGGAAGGACAAAAAAGCUGUGAGCUCUGAUUGUACUGCAGAGAUAGAAGUACCUGCUUCAUGUGAAGACAGUGAACAGGCAUCAAAACAAAAAGAAGGUAAAAAUAAGAAGAACAAGCAAAAGGCUGGAACAAAGAAGACUGAGAAGCACAUUGGUGUAACCUCGCCUGUUUUAAAAAAGAAACAGAAGAAAAUUAUCCAAUCUCCAAGUGUUAAGGAAAAAACUACAACAAAUAUUAAACAGAAAAAUGGGGAAAAAACUAAUGAGCAAACCACUCCACAAUCAAAAUCUGAAUCCCCUGAUAAAGCUACUUCUCACAUACAAGAUUCUUUACUGCUGCUGAAAGGACACAAACAGCCACAGCUCAAAGUCCACAAAUUAGAUCCUUUAAAGGCCUCUGGUAAAACACAAGAGGUAUUACUAAGUGAAACCCAAACGUCCCCAAAGGAAAAGAACAGUCCAGCCAAUCCUGCUUUGAACGAGAUCUUGCCUGAGAACAAGAAAAAAGGAGGUAGAGCCAAGAAAGCACUCACAUUAUUGUCUUCUCUUCACACAUCCAAAAAGCAAGAGGAAGCCUCUCCUCCUAAACCAAAACCUACCAGGAAGCGGAAAGCGUCGUCUAAAGUGGAGACUGAAGGAGUGAUAACGUCAAAGAAAGCUAUUGAGUGCAAAGAUUGUGGGCAAUGGUUCAGUGACGUUUCUUUGCUUCAAAAUCACAAGGCCACGGUGCAUAUUGUAGAGAGUCCUGGCAUUACAUUUACAAAUGGAAAUCUUUUCGAAGGGGUGACAAGGAUAGAUCUUUACCAGCUGCCAAAACAAGUUAGUAAAGAUGGAGAAAGUUUGAAUACAGGUUGGGAUACUGAACCUGAAAUGACAGACUUAGACAGGGAACGUUGUGUUACUUUUCCAGAUUUGAACACAUCACCAUCUUUACCUGUUCCUCCUUGUGACAUUUACUAUGAUAAGGACAGAAAAGAUAUUGAGGAAACUACUGUGAAGGCUAGCCAAUCUAAUGUUGUCUCACCAUCUCUUCAAAUAGCAGUUAGCAGAAAGGAAAACAGCACUGAUACGGAAAUUCAAGCCACCACUUAUGAAGAUAUUAAGGAGGACUUGCUUCUUGAGGUAGAUCUGGUCACAGUUGGAGAACAAAGUGCCUGUCCAUCGCAAGACAAUUCACAAAACAAAGACAUUGAACCUGUUACUGGCGAGAGUGAAAGAGCUGCUUCCAAACAAACAGAUCUAACUUUACACACGGUUUCUUGCUCCACACAUCAGCAUGAUAUCAAGGAAGAAGAAGAGGAAACGGUAAUUGAGAGAACUAAAACUGGCCGCAAAGGAAUUACUAGUACUGAGCAGGGAAGUGAGAAAGAGAUAUCCAGUGAGGAGUCAGAACAGACAAAGCAAAAUGACUGUGAGAUACUAUAUGAAAGACCUGCUUUAGACUCCGUUUCGAACAAUAACCAAGUUGACAGCCAUCAAGUUCAGAUCACAAUUAAACCUGCUCAGAAAGAUGUAGCCUCUGCCUCUGCACUGGACAGAAACAUCACUGUUGACCAAGAAUCCUGCAGCACUGAGAAGGAAGCAAAUGAACAAAUCCAACUAGAAGAUGGUGACUGGGAAAGGGAUCAGUCUCCAGGAAUUGUACUGGAGAAAGUGGUAAUAUCAGCCCUUAAUUCUGCUGAUAAAGAGAAGAGCCAAACACAGGAUUUUGAAAAUGAGAGCCAAGACAUCAAGGUGGAGGAAAGCAUUGCAGAUUCAACACAAGGGGUCUCCAGAUGUCCAAGUGCACAGUCAUCACACCGUGACAUAAGGGCUGUUCUUGUCAAAGAAGAGAGCAGACAGACCCCACAGAGAGGGGACCACAUCCGCUGGAACGUAGAGCCAAACUCCAAUUCCUCAAGUCCUGAAGCUAUGGUGACGACAGACAGUGCCAUAGCUGCUCUAAACUGCAGCUCGAGUCAGUGCAUAUUCUACCCUGUCAAAGAGGAGGAGAGGGAGGUGUUAGUUGGAGCAGUUGAAAAUGCCACUCCUGCAUCAUCAGAGGUUAACCAUCAGCUAGAGCGUCAUACUGUAGAUGAUGAUGGUUCUGCUCCACAAGAAGUGACAUCACAACCAGGGCCCAAUAAUCUUAAUGAUGGACAUGAAGAUGCAGUGACUGAGGAGCAGACAACGCCAAACCUUCGUGACUUUCUUUUGCAAGGAUCUGAUGAGGAGGACUGUGCUUUUGAAUGGUCGAAUUCUCAUGUUAACUCUGAAGAAGAAAUAAUGGCCAAUUUCUACAAAAAACUGUUGAAUGUUGGUGUAUCUGCGUCAUCUACAGUUCAAGACAGAAGAAGGGAUAAUAUUAGCAGAAAGCCCAUUGAUUACUUUUCAAACUACUUCAGCUGGGAUACAUGGCGAGAAAUUUCACAUUGCACUAAUAAGCUUAACAGUUUGUCCAGUCCUGUCACUGUUGAAGAAGUCGCCCAGUUUGUUGGCAUCCACAUUGCUAUGGGAAGCUUGAAGUUUCCCAGUCCCUCGCUUUACUGGGAGGACUUAACUAAGGUCCCAUUAGUUGCUGACGCUAUGCCAAUGCCCCGGUUUCUUGAGCUGUCUCGUCUACUGAAACUCACCUCUCCACAAGCCAAUCAACACACCAGUACUAACAGUAGGAGAGAUGGCAUUACUGUUUUUUUAAACGAUUCUAAUAACCGGCGCCAUGGUGAAUUACAACAUGGUAAAAAGAUCACUUCUGACCCUCUCUGGAAAAUUCAGCCUAUACUGGAGCGUUUUGUGAAAGGCUGUGGUUCUCUGAGACGACAGGGAGAUUAUGCCAUUGAUCAGAAUCCACUCCCACUAAGUACAGGGACCCACAAUAACAAGCAUUCACUUCAUUGCACAACUAUGGUCGAUUUUGGUGGGAUGGUUUUGGAUCUUGAUCUCAAAUUGGAUUUUUCGGACAAAGAGGGUGUGGUUGAGAAAAUGCCCCCCAAAGGUAGCAUGGUUUUCCUUUGUAAGCAGGAACUUUCCACACCUGCAAUGCUGGAACGUCUUUUAGCGGCUGGUGUUCACAGUGCUGGCCAAGUAGGGGGAGCAAAAGGACAAAUAGGAGAUGAAUUUGUAAGCUCAGAUGGAAAACUGUUGCUGCGGAGAUCACACUGUGGUUUCAUUCUGUCUACUAUAGGAAAUGGCCAAAGAAACAUUGCUUCUCUUAUUGACAAUUUUGAAAAGGCACACAUAUCGGUUCGCCUCAACAAAGAUUUGCAAAAUCUCUAUUCUAUUCCCCCUGCUGUAUUUUCUCCAAGUUGCUGGCCUCAAACAGUGCUCUGGUACCUGACAGAUCUGGCUUUGGUAAACUCCUGGCUGCUGUAUCGACAGGAUGCCAGAAAUAAUGACUCACCCUUAACUCUGCUUGCCUUCAGACUGGAAAUUUCAAAAGCUUUGAUCCUUGCCAGUGGUUUAGACACCCAGGAAGCACUUGCCAAUCAAACAGAGGAUGCCCAUUCACCCGGUGAUGCUCCAAACCCCAACCUACUACACGAAAGCCCUCUUCCUGAUGCUGCCAUACGCUUUGAUGGUUCAGGACACUGGCCUGAGCAGCUCGCAGAGGGACAAGGUGGCAAGUGCCGUUUUGGCGACUGUCAGAGGACAUCUCGAGUACUUUGUCUUAAAUGCUGUGUAUUCCUUUGUAUUUCACGCAACCACAACUGCUUCAUAAAUUUUCACAGUCAAGGGCAUCAAGCAAAAAAAUAAGAUCAAAAGAUAUCAACAGUGUUCAGUACAGUUUUGUUCAUGAUUUUCAAGGUGUCAUUUCUUAAUACUUUUUUGUAUUUAUUUUUGUAUUUACUUUUAUUUAUAAUGUGCAAAUUGUAUUGGGUAAUUCCUUAUGUAAUUCCUUUUGCACAAUAAAAAUGUCUGCUUUUAAAUGUA